AUGAUCGGUCCGCCCCUCAGAAAGCCAGUCAUCCAUACUAGUCGCCGUCAUGACUUCUCUGCCAAGCAGUCGUAUUCUUCCGGAUGUGCCGUGUCGAGUCUGUCAGGACCACAGUCUGGCAAGCACUAUGGCAUUUUCUCGUGCGACGGUUGCGCAGGAUUUUUCAAGCGAUCGAUCAGGCGGCAUCGUCAGUACGUGUGCAAGAACAAAGGUGGUUGUGAAGAAGGCAGAUGUAUCGUGGACAAAACUCACAGAAAUCAGUGCCGGGCUUGUCGAUUGCGAAAAUGUCUUGAGAUCGGCAUGAAUAAGGAGGCCGUUCAGCACGAACGGGGACCGAGGAAUUCGAGUUUAAGACGGCAGAAUCUGCUCUUGGAGCAUCCACGACUUGCACUUUCGCCCGACAUCGGUUCGGACUCGGACGCGUCACCUCCUUGUUUGGAGAAGCUACCUGAAGUCGCUGCUCGAGUGUUCUUUCAGUUGAUCACUUGGACACGCUACCAGUUACCAUUCGCAUCAGCACCUUCCAACACUGCUUGGCCGGCACUGUUCGUGCUCAGUUGUGGUGAGCGUCCGUUCAUCACCUCACAGCAAGUGCUCAACGAUCCCAGCGAUUUCGUCAAAGAAAAAGCCGAGGUAGCUGAGUGCUUCGAGAAGAUGGAGUCGCUAAGGCUCGACGCUCGCGAGCAUGCCAUGCUUAGGACUUAUGCACUUAUGAAAGAUACGCCGUCAGCUUACCAACUCGGAUUCCAGCUGGCCGCUUAUCACCAAGUCGUCCAUCGCAACGAUCCGCUACGGUUCUUGAAGUGUUUGGACGUGCUGUCGAUUUCGGGUGAUUCGCUGGUUGCCGUGCUAUUCCGCCCGUCGAUCGGCGAGGCAUCCAUGUCCAGACUGAUCGCUGACAUUCUGAAUCCUCGAAAACCCGAACCAGUUGCGCUGCCGCCUGCACGGGGUCCACGGACCGAUUUCUGCGUUGAGGGGCUGCUUGGCAGAAGCAUCUCGUCGCCAUCAACGUCCUCCCUCGAUAACUCCUCUCUACGACCGACCACCGCCGUGUAG